AGGAAGUGAAGGAAGUGAAGGAAGUGAAGGAAGUGAAGGAAGUGAAGCAGAGUGAAGCAAGUGAAGAAAGUGAAAAAAGUGAAAAAAGAAAGGAAAUCAAGAAAGGAAAGUGAAGUCUCGAACAGAACGAUCAAAAUGAAAGUAACUGCCUUUUUACCCCAGCCGCUCGCCAUAGUACAGCAUUUAAGUACUUAUCCAUUCUUGUUUUAUUGUACGUAAUCUUUCAGAAGGGCUGAGUUUGCUAAUACAAGAUUGCCACUUUAUUUGUAUUUGACAUUAUUAACAAUCCUUGAGUGACUAUGCCCCUAUCCAACAGCAGCAGUCUCCGACAUUUAUGGCGUGCACUGCGCUACACUCGUGUGCAUGAUCUAUGCAAUCCGACCAUCCAGCAAACACGGAGAAGGCUGACUGCAGGACCUUGUCCCCAGUAUGGCAGCAUCGUAGUCUUCUCCUUCAUUCCCGCUGUCAAACUGGCGUAUUGCGCCGUUAAUCAGUCUGCUAAACCAGAUUCUGGUACCCCCCUUCCAUUGGCGCUGUAUGCUGAUCUUGGUCCUGCAGCGAAUCUAAAAGAUGUCUGCAAGAUCGCUGACACGCUGUACGACAAGCACAACAUCGAGGAGCUAUAUAUGCUUCUGGAGCAGUUUCGCGAUACGGAUGACGCGGAUAUUCAGUGGCGCUUGGCGCGGGUACUGUACGAGAAAUCCCAGGCUGCCACUGUCAAGGAGGAGAAGAAAUCUCUUAUGUACGCCGCGUUCGAUGCAUCGAAACGCGCCGUGGCAGCUGGUGGAGGAAACUUCGCGUGCCAUAAAUGGUACGCGAUCCUUCUGGAUGAAAUUGGCAAGUUUAAAGGGACGAAAUUCCGCUUGCAGCGCUCACCGGAAGUGAAAGAGCAUUUCGAGAAAGCCAUUGCCCUGAACCCAUCGGAUCCCACCAGUCAUCAUUGUCUGGGAUACUGGCAUUAUAGUUUCGCGGAUUUGGCCUGGUACACGCGGCAGGCCGCGGCCGCGUUCUUCGCGACACCCCCCACAUCGACAUACGAAGAGGCUAUCAAAUGCUUCGAACACGCGGAACAAGUCCAGCCGAAUUUCUACAGCAUGAACCUGCUGAUGCUGGGCAAGGCGCAUAUGAAAAUCCACAAUUACCAGCACGCCGUGGUCUACCUGACCCGGCUGCAGCAGUACAAGCCCGAAACGGCCGAAGAUCGCAAGGCGCUGGAGGAAGGCAACCAACUGCUCCAGGAAGCCAUCAAGAAAUCCCAGUCGUAGUGCGGAGUUGUCUUCGAUUUUACCGUUUCACAGUUUUACUGCAGAUUUCCAUUUUAUUAUAGGUUUUAUUUGCCAGGUUAGAUUUUUAAUCAUUUUGAUUUCUUUUAUUUGUUGCUUUAAUAGUUUAAUUUAAUGUUUUAUUCUAUUUUCUAUGUUAUUGAAUAUUUAUUUUCGCGUUUGAGCCGGUAUCACAAGGAUGCUUCUGGCCUGUUUAUUAUUGUUAACAUUGGAAAGUUGGUGGGUGGUGACACUGGGUACGUGGAUAAUAAUUAUCAUAUAAAGAUGGUGUUAGACGUUAGUACACCGGAAA